UCCGCUGCGGAUCUCCUUCUUUUAGGAGUCUGAAACUCGAUCCCGUCCCGCCGGUUGCUAUAAAACAUCACGGAGUCACCCGGAAGAGUGUGUGUGAAUGAUAUCAGUGUGAUCGGGCAGUUUGGAGUUCAUUCUUGCGCUAUUAUCACUGAGAUGAGUCGCAGAUCUCCAGAUGUCCCGGAGUUUCAGGAAUGAGCUGACAUACACACAGUGUGCUCCGACAUUCCUCGCCGUUCCCAUGGAGAACAUGACGCGUCCUGGAAGGAUAGACAGAUAAUGACCGCAUCGCUUGAUUCCGCUCGAUCGACGAGGGGUUUUUACGCUUGAGAAGAAGACACACCAGCUUCAGAGAGAAUCUGAAGGAUUUGAACUGAGGUAAAGCGCACUGGUUCUGUAUGAAAGCAUGAGUUCUUCUCUGUUGUUUGGAGAGGGCUUUCUGGGCGGUGUGGUGAGCGGUGCGCCAUCGGACGCGGUGCCCAGAGCUCUGCGCAACGACCUGGGAUCCAACAUACAUGUGCUCAAGACCCUCAACCUGAGGUUCCGCUGCUUCCUCGCCAAAGUCCAUGAGCUGGAGAGAAGGAACAAACUCCUGGAGAGCCAGCUGAAGCAAGCCUCCAGUCAGCCGAGGUAUCCCGGCUUCUCGUUCACGCGUGAGGUGGCCGUUCAGACCGACUCUCUGGAGUCCAGACUUCCAGGCACCAUCUGGAGUUACACGCAUAUCCUGAGACACGGGGAGCGCGUGAAGGGACCCGGAGUCUCCUGGACACAUCCGGACGGGGUCGGGGUCCAAAUCGACACCAUCACCCCAGAACUGAGAGCCUUGUAUAACGUCCUGGCCAAAGUCAAGCGGGAGAGGGAUGAGUACAAGAGAAAAUGGGAAGAGGAGCUGUCGAGAAGAGAACAGAUGGAGUCGAUGGUGGAGACGCUGCAGGAGAACGUGAACGAGUCUGAAGCCGCUCAGGACGGGUUGAACGAGAAGGUUGAAAAACUGAAAGCUGAACUGGUGGUCUUCAAGAGCCUCAUGAGCGAUCAAAUGUCCGACCUCGACUCCAAGAUUCAGGAGAAAGCCAUGAAGGUGGACAUGGACAUCUGCAGGAGAAUCGACAUCACGGCCAAACUGUGUGACGUGGCUCAGCAAAGGAACUCGGAGGACAUGUCCAAGAUGUUCAACAUCAGUCCUUCCAGAGCGCCAGCAGACAGAGCGGCGGUUGCCUGCAGAAAGAAGGAGAAGAAGCAGGUCUCGGAUGAGGAAAGCUCAGAGAUGGAUGCGGAUCCCAGCACUUCAGAGGAGGACGUUCCCUUUAACAUCACAGACGAGAUGAAGCGCAUGUUCAACCAGCUACAUUGUUCAGAUAACUCAUUUGUUGCUAGGCGGGAGACGUUUGAUGUCGAUGAUGACUGCGACAGUCUGACGUGGGAGGAGAACGACGAUACGCUUCUGCUAUGGGAAGAUUUCACCAACUACAACAUACCCUGUGCCCUUACCAACAGCAGCGACGGAGACGCUCCCGACACGGACGGCAGUCUCGGCAGUCUCAUCGAUGAGACCGAGUCUCUUUUCAAGACCAGGGAGCAGGAAUAUCAAAAGACAAUCGGACAAAUUGAGGUGGAGUUGGCCACCGCUAAGAGUGACAUGAACAGACACCUGCACGAGUACAUGGAGAUGUGCAGCCUGAAGCGAGGGCUGGACGUGCAGAUGGAGACCUGCAGGAGAAUGAUCAAGGGCGGCAGAAAUUCUCCUUCCAUCAGCUCGACCGCGAGCAGUGACUCAGGGAACACUGACGAGAUCCAAGACGAGUCAGACAAGGAUGGAGAGACGGAGGGGCCAAUCAGCUGAUACCUGCCCAGCCCGGCCCCGCCCUCUUCCCCCCACGAGCUCCAAUCAGCUCUCGGGCCACCCAGCAAUCGGCCAAUGGCUUUAUACUGAGGGACAGAGCCCACUCCCACAAACCCAAAAUCCUGUAGGUGCUUUACCGUCUCCGAGUCCGAGUGGGGCGGAGUUAACGAGGGUUGUUUUUGUGCUUGACAUCAAUAUCGAUGCGUCACACGGUGCAACAACUCUGCUACGAAUCGGAUCAGUCCCAGCCAAAAUACGUCACACGAUACACCUGAUCGAUCCCAAAUCCAUAUCUUGAGAAACUGGAAGUGACACAUCAGACUGAAAGCCAAUCAGACCAAAGCGGACUGAACCCCCUCUGAUCAAUGAUCUCCUUAACAUUUAUGGCUUUUUAUUUUUCUAAAAACAAUUUCUGAAAUCGACGGUUUACUGCGGAAACAUUUCGGCCUUUUAAGCCCCGAACCCAGUCUUGAAAGUGGAACAAGCCCACGUUCUAUGCAAUCGGCCUUAUUUCGUGAUCUGCGUUUAUGAUUUGCCUUUGUUUGCAGCGCAGGUGAUUUGUUCAACGUUCAUGUGUUUUAAAGUGUUGCCCAGGCCUCACAAUGUUUACGCACAGAAUCUGUGGAACAGCGUCACAUCAUUUUGAGCUGCUACCAAUGACGAUUGAAGCUUUUUCAAGGGUUACAGCUAUGUGCCUAAAUACUGUAAAUAUUGCAGGUUCAUUUUGGAUGGCCUUACUGCAUUUCCACUACUUUUUAUAGUUGCACUCAUUAUAAUCAUGAGGGAAAUAAUCAAAUAUAUUUUGUUGAUUGUAUGAUUGUAUUUGCAAGGCUAAAAAGUAAUUUUAGCUAAUUUUCGGUGGAGGUUUUGAUUGUAUAUAGACCAUGUCCCAGCCAACAGGGAACGUUCUGGCAAGGUUCUCUCGAAAUUAUGAGCAAACGAUCUUUCAGUGACGUUAAUAGAACUUUUUCUUAAAGUUAUAUGGCCUUUAAUAAUUUCCUCAAAAUGUUAGCACAAAAACAUAAGUUUUUUAAAUGUUAUUUACUUGAAUGUUUGCAAAAUGGAACUUUUUUUUUAACUGCACAUUUAGAGAACAUACUUUGUUAGCUGCGGUUGGGUUUAUCUGAAAUCAUACCCAUGUCUAUAAACAUAUGUAAAUUCAAGAGUUAUAAAUGCAAAGGAUUAUGGGACAAGUUGGCGCUCAUGAUGGCCGCUGUUCCGUACAGAUUCAGCAUCUGUUUUCAUGGAUAUGGCUCAUCUAUGAGGUUUAACUGCCUUUGUGUUUGUCUCGCUUGGUGUCUUUUGGCUCUUUAUAUUUUGCAUUUUAAUCUUUAAAAUCCAUAAAUUGUUCUUGUAUUAAUCUAAAAAUGUGGGGAAAUUUGAUGGGUUUAUUAACCUUAUAAGUCAUUUGAGUAUGCUCAAAGAUGUAAUGAUAAGCUCAAAAUAUGGUUGCAGAGGGUUUUUAAAAUAUAUAUUUUGUAGUAAAUAAGCUGGGGGCAUUGUUUUUGUUCAUUCAUUUUAUUAGCUAAAGAGCUGAUAAUCAUGUUUGAUAAAAAAUCAUCUGUGCAUUUUGCAAUUUGGUUUGUGUAUUUGAUAUCCAAACCUAUCAAAAAUGAAAUAAAGUCUGGCUUUUGAAUUUUAUAAAUGUAUAAAAUUCACGUUUUUAUAUUGUUCAGGGUAUCCAGGGCUAAUUUGGAUGCUUUUCGCUAGAAAAAAAUAAAACCUGCACAGAGUUCUCGCCUUUUUAAACACAAAACACUGAAACACUGUUGGUCUGUUAUUUUUUUUUUCAUUGUUUAUGGUGAAAACUAAGCUAUUUUUUGUCUUUUCUGGGUCAGAUGCCUCUUGUUAAAAUCUAUUUUAUGUUUUAUGAACAAAGAAAUGGGCAAAGGGCAGCAUCGCAAGGUCAGGCGAAUUGGAAAAAGUGCAUGUUGCGUGUUUUCUGAUUUAAUUCCAUUGUUCAUAGUCUUUAUAGAGGACAAAUGAGAAGCAUCUCUGCAAGUAUCCAAAACAAAGGUAUGAUUUGGUAAAUAUCUUUGUGCUUGAACUUGAAUGUUGUAUUCAAGGAGCUUUCUAAUUGAAACUGGAUGAGAAAAUAAUCCUGUGAUGAUGUUUGUUUUUAGAAAAGCACAAAAUGGCAGCAAAUUCAGGAUGAAACUUUUGUGAAACUGUAAUGAUGGGGUUAUAUUGUGUGAACUUUCAUAAGCGUGCACAACACACAAAAUCGAGCUUGUGUAGCGCUUGUAUUCACGUAUUUCCAUAGAAUGUGUUUUGGGCCUUUGUUUUGUCUGUACAUCUAUUAUGCUGUUUUUCCUUUGAAGGGUAAACGCAGCAUUAGCUUAUCACAUCAUGCCUUUAUCAACGAAUAUCCAUAUUAUCAGAUGAGCUCAUAGAAAAUGUUAUUUAGUCCAUCAGACACAAGAUAAAACGCUGGAUGUUUUUGAUCUUUUGGGUCAUGUUAGCCUUAUUUUACAUCAUAGUACACUUUGACCGUAUUAGGUCUUUUCUGAAGACGGGUUUUGUCCGCCAAGCUGCUGAUACAGUGACAUUGCACAAUUACUUUUAGAUUUAAUUUGUAAUAGAGCAUAAAACACCAGUUCAUUAGACCCCUAUCAGCAAGUGGAGCAUCAGCGUCACCAUACCAGCAUCAGCGAGCUUCACGGAAAGCUAUACAACAGAUUUACAGUUUCUGUAAGUUAGUGGCUUUUGCAACAUCUGUGGCCUGCAUCCUUCUCAUAGUAUACAAGUUUCUUUUUAUUAUAACUACUUUGACAACUGAAAUGAUCAGUGCACCUACAUUAGAGCAUUUCUCUUUGUCAUUUGUUUACGCUGCAGAUGAGUUUUCCUGGUGUGUGAGCAACUGGUGUAUGUUUCAAAAAAAUGAAUGUAAUUGGUGCUGGGUCAGAAAAAUAAACAUAAUUGAUUCA